UGAACUUCCCUUAAUAUCUUCUUUAUUGUAGAAUUGUUCAUCUCUCGAUUCUUUUGAUAUUUUAACGUAGCUUCGAACACAAAGAUCGAAACGAAGGAACGAAACGCUUGCUAAUAAAACGACAGGUUGAAAAAUAUUGCAAAAAUAAAUGAUAUUAAAAAAUUGAUGUUUAGUGUAGGCGCUCGCGCGUAUUAUAUAUGUGUAUACACAGCGCACACAAGUGGCCAUGCCCGGUCAUAUCUGCUUCAAUCAGCUUGGUUUAUACGAUCUGUUUUUUAACGUUCAGUCUUGCCGUCGAUAAUCCAAGCUCUAUGGUUCAAUAACUGACGAAUAUUGUGUCUGUGGGUAUCCCGAGUUUUCGAGGUGCUUCAAUAUCGCGUGUUUGUACGGAAGUUGCAUUUAAAUAUCGUAUAACGCUUCGUGUAUAACGUUGAUCGUGGUACGCGUGAUACGUAUAGAUAGGGUCGAUCUGUGGAAUGGAUGCUUAAUAAGUUGCGCCCCGCGUUGCUUAUAAUUACCCUCCCUAAAUCUUUUUGCAACGUUUGCUUUCAGCUAUCAUUGAUUAUUGUGGUUUUGGAUAAAUCAUACAUUUCUUGGUCAAGUUGUAAACAAUUUUAUACAAUUAUGGAAUCAAAUGACAGAAAAAAUGUUUAUCUUACGAAAACGGGUGAUAAUUCUUUAAAUUCUGGAAUGAGAGAUACAAUGAUUGUUGGCCAAACAAAUAUGACACCAGAUUGUUCAUCUUGAAGAUGGAGCGCAUUGCAAUAAAAAAAUGUAUUAUUAUGAUAGACAUUACACAGGCCACGAAGAAACAGAGAGACCAACACGUAGAGGAACCAAACGAUACAGAGAUAAAGAUGCACCUAAAAGGGCAUUGUCUGCCUUUUUCUAUUUUUGUCAAGAAUUACGUGGAAAAAUGAGAGAAUUGCAUCCAGAAAUGGGAGUUGGUGAUAUCGCUAAAGAGCUGGGCAAAUUAUGGAUGAGCACAGAUCUUCAAACUAAAUCAAAAUAUAUGGCAAUAGCAGAAGAAGAUAGAGCCAGAUAUGAAAGAGUAAAUAACUCUCUUGUUCAAUAUUUUUAAUUAUUUUUAAAAUAAAAUUUUUAUAUUUUAAUUUUUAAUUAUUCAGGAAAUUAUUGCAUAUAAUAAAAGAGUAAAAAACUACGAUCCGGAAGAAGUUGGACCUGUGUAAGUUUUUGAAUCUAUUAAGAAAGAAGGGACAGUGUACUUUGCCCUACAUCAAGCACUCGCCAAUUAAAAAAAUAUAACAAUUUUACUAAUAGUUUAGUAUUGUCAAUCGUUGUAUAUAUUAUGUACACUGUUGACAUUAACGAAUCUGAAAAAAAAUUAAAUGCUAUAAAAUUUGGUUACAAUUUUUGAAAAUAAUAUUUGAGAACAACUGUUUUACAUUUAUUUGAUAAUUGAAUAUUAUUUUUUGUGAAUAAGGUGUGCUAAUAUAUUUACAAACGAUAUCUAAUACAAAUAAUAAUAUUAAUAUCAAUAGUAAUAAUAAUACCGAAAAUGAUAAUGAAAAGUACGAUACUAAUAAUAAUAAUAAUAAUAAUAUUACUACUACUAUUAUUAUUAUUAUUAUUAUAGAAUGACAAUGAUAAUCUAUAUUAUUAUUAAAUAUGUUAUACACAAUUGAAGCACAAUAGCAAGUAAAAGUCAAGCAGAGUGAGCUUUGUACAGUGCACUUUUCUUGUCUAUGCAUUAUUCAUGUUUAUAAUGAUAAAAUUAGAUAUCAGGGACUAUUUAUAUCUAAAACCCUGUAUAGAACAUAUAUUCCAUGUAUUUUGUUCUUUUUCCAAUAAAGAUAAAAUCAUUUAAAGCAUUUAUAAUCCUUAUAUUCUUGUUUUAUUUCUAAAUUUUUAUUUAAAAGGUAUAAUUAA